UCCGGAAGUUCCUCCAGGAAUUCCUCCGGAAGUUCCUCCAGGAAUUCCUCCGGAAGUUCCUCCAGGAAUUCCUCCGGAAGUUCCUCCAAGAAUUCCUCCGGAAGUUCCUCCAGAAAUUCCUCCGGAAGUUCCUCCAGGAAUUCCUCCGGAAGUUCCUCCAGGAAUUCCUCCGGAAGUUCCUCCAGGAAUUCCUCCGGAAGUUCCUCCAGGAAUUCCUCCGGAAGUUCUUCCAGGAAUUCCUCCGGAAGUUCCUCCAGGAAUUCCUCCGGAAGUUCCUCCAGGAAUUCCUCCGGAAGUUCCUCCAGGAAUUCCUCCGGAAGUUCCUCCAGGAAUUCCUCUGGGAGUUCCUCCAGGAAUUCCUCCGGAAGUUCCUCCAGGAAUUCCUCCGGAAGUUCCUCCAGGAAUUCAUUCGGAAGUUCCUCCAGGAAUUCCUUCGGAAGUUCCUCCAGGAAUUCCUCCGGAAGUUCCUCCAGGAAUUCCUCCGGAAGUUCCUCCAGGAAUUCCUCCGGAAGUUCCUCCAGGAAUUCCUCCGGAAGUUCCUCCAGGAAUUCCUCCGGAAGUUCCUCCAGGAAUUCCUCC